AUGUCUCUUGCACCACCAUUCACCAAAGAAACCGCCCAUGCCAAGGUCAAGAAGGCCCAGGACUUGUGGAAUACCCAAAAUCCCCAGGUCAUUGCCCAGGCCUACACCCCCGAUUGUGUGUGGCGCAACCGAUCGUCAUUCCUCGUAGGCACGGCAGCUAUCGAGGACCUCUUGACCAAGAAGCGGGAAAAGGAGAAAAGCUAUCGGCUGCGCAAAGAGCUUUUCGCAUUUACCGACAACAAGAUUGCAGUGCAAUUCUGGUACGAGUUCCAGGAUUCCCAUGAUGGCAUGAAGUGGAAGCGGUGCUACGGUCUCGAAGACUGGACCUUCGCCGAGGACGGAAAGAUGCGGAAGCGGCACAUGAGUGGCAACGAUAUCGAGAUUGAAGAAGCUGGCAAGUCCUCUCAUCGAUGGUUCAAGGACGGUGUUGAUGUUAAUCAAGUCGACAUUAGCGAAGCUCAUUGGUGA